GGAGGUUGGAGGAACAUCGUACCGCGAUUCAUAUUGCAUUCUACUAUAUAGCAUUUUUUAAUUUCACAAGACACGCAAUCAAGAAUUUCGGAAUAUGGCUGCUGCUGCUGCUGCUGCUUUGCUGGAUGAGCUUAUGGGAAGAAAUAGAAAUGUUCUUCCCAACGAAAAACCCAAAGAACUUAAUUGGGAAGAUCCUGAGUUUUGCAAGUUGUAUUUAGUUAAAUUUUGCCCCCACGAUCUAUUUGUUAAUACGAGAGCUGAUUUGGGAGCGUGUUCUCGAGUACACGAUGACGAGGCUAGAGAAUUAUUCGAGAAAGCACCGUACUCUUAUCGAAAACAACAAUAUGAGGAUGAAUUUAUCAGAUUUUGUCAAAGUAUGUUGAACGAGGUUGAGAGAAAAAUAAUUAAGGGAAAACAACGGUUAGCUCUUAUUGGAAGAACAGAAGCGCCUACUUUGACACCAGCACAAACACAAAGAAAUGAAGAACAAAUUGCACUUUUAACUGAGAAAAUUAAUAAGCUUGUAGAAGAAGCAGAGCAAAGUGGUAUACAGGGCAAUGUAGAACAGGCUCAGGGCCUAAUGAGAUUAUGCGAUCAAUUGAAAGAAGAGAGAGAAACAUUGCGAAAAUCUAAUGAUAAUAGUCACUAUAAUCAGACUGCUGAAUUAGCUGCUGCACAAGAAAAACAAAUGGAAGUAUGUGAUGUAUGUGGUGCGUUUCUUAUUGUUGGAGAUGCUCAACAACGAAUUGAUGAUCAUCUAAUGGGUAAACAACAUGUUGGAUAUGCUAGGUUAAAGAGUGCUCUCCAAGAAAUUAUGAGUAAACGUGAGAAAGCUAGAGAUGAAAAAGAACAAAGAAGGGAGGAAGAUAGGAAACAAAGAGCACGUGCUAAUGAAGAACUUGAUAGAAGAAGAAGAGAUGAUAGGGAUAGGGACAGAGAAAGAGAUAAACGUCGUAGACGUGAUGAUGACAAAGGCAGACAUGAUUCAGGCAGUCACAGAAAUUCUGGACACAGAAGUAGAAGCAGAUCAAGAGAUAAACAUGACAGACAUCGAGACGACGAUCACCGACGUCAUGCUCGAGAUAAAGGAAAUCGUGAUCAUCGAAGCUCAAGUCAUCACAGCCGACGCCGCCAUCGAUCUAGAAGUCGAAGUCACAAGUAACUACUCUUGAUUGGUUAGUGAGUGAGAAGUAAGCCAGGUAUGCACUAAACAAUAUACCAUAUUCGUCUCAAUUACUGUACAGGUUCUUUACCAGGUGAGUUUCAUUAGAUGCACAUAAUAUAUACAUGAUAAUUAUCUGUAAUUUUGAAGAAUGGCAUAGUCACAGCGAGCCAGUCUCUGGUCCUGCCUAUUAAUCGGAGAAACACUCUUACUAAAUUUCAUAUGGACCUGUUUGUACAGCGUUUAAUUUUC